UUUUAUUCUGAAGGUUGAGACCCGAAUCACUGACCUUUCGUUGGCUGUGAAGUUUUUACGUUUUUGUAGCUACGAGGGCCAUAACAAAAUCAUCAAUAUAGACUGAUUAAAAUGGCUGGAACGGCUUCAGUCGCUGGCGAAGUGUUCGUCGAUGCUUUGCCAUAUUUCGACCAAGGUUACGAUGCCGCAGGUGUCCGAGAAGCGGCCGCAGCGUUGGUGGAGGAGGAAACUAGAAGAUACCGACCAACCAAGAACUACCUGAGCUACUUGCAAACGCCGGACUUCUCUACGUUUGAGACAGAAAUCAUGAGGAAUGAAUUUGAUCGGCUGGCGGCUCGGCAGCCCAUGGAUCUCCUGAGCAUGAAGAGAUAUGAGCUGCCAGCACCCUCGUCAGGACAGAAGAACGACAUUACGGCGUGGCAGGAGUGUGUGAACAACUCGAUGGCCCAGCUGGAGCACCAAGCGGUCCGCAUCGAGAACCUGGAGCUCAUGUCGCAGUACGGAACCAACGCAUGGAAGGUCUACAACGAUAACUUGGCCUUCAUGAUUGAGAUAGCCCAAAAGGAACUGCAGAAAUUCAGGAAGCAAAUUCAGGAUCUAAACUGGCAGCGUAAAAACGACCAGUUGGCAGGAGGAGCCAAGCUGCGAGAGCUGGAGUCAAACUGGGUGUCUCUGGUCAGUAAAAACUUUGAGAUCGAGCGGGCCAUCGUCCAGCUGGAGAACGAAGUAACCCAACUGAGACAACAGCAGGGCGACGAGAACAAGGAGAAUAUUCGGCAAGACUUCUAGAGCAGCUGAUGUCACCCUCGCAGCACUGAUCUACAAUCUGGUGACCCCUCAAAUCAGAUGACUUCUACUUUCAUCAACUGACUAAGCGGCAACAUGGGGAGGGCUACCUUUAUGGAGAUGAAACAUGAAACCGCUCAUGUUUAACUGCAUCGUGAAAUAACUUUCGCCAUUCAGAAGGAGCAGUGAAGAAACCUUUUAUGCCACUUGUACAGUGAAACAGCGGUGAGAUGUGGGAUAAUCAACCCCCUUUUUCCUUCCACACUUAAAAGAUCUUUAAAGCAAGAUUAUGUAUAGUUUUCAACUGGAUUUUUGGUGAUUAAUGGUAGCAAAACACAAAAUUUAUGUUCUCAGCAUUGCAAAGUGGGUUCAUUGGCUUUUACAUUAUAUUCUUCUUUUGCUACAGAUACUCUAGCAUUAAUCCAGAAGUGCCCAAAGUGGCAUUAAUCAGAAAAAUGUACACAAUCUGGAUUUAAUGUGGAAUUCCGACCAACAUGUAGAUUUCAACUCUUUGAGGGGAUCUAGAAUUGAGUGUAAAUAUUUUUGUCCAGUCUGUCAGAAGACAGCUCCUUCUUAAGUCCACCUUUACUUCAUGUCAUUUUUGUACGAUCUUUUAAUAAAAUGAACAUCUCUUGUA